AUGCGUGAUUACCAGAUACCGGAAGAAAUGAAGACCUAUGGCUGGAUGGGCUUUGUGAAGGAAGGGAUAGAGUGUAUCUCGUUGAAAACGGCCACGUACAACUCACUUCCGGUUCGCGGAAACGACGAGCCCGAACAUGAACGUAGAAUGGUUAAGCAGGUGUUUAUUGAAAUACUUCGAAGUCAAAGGCAGGAGAACAAGUAG